GCUUGAUAAGUUCAAAUACCCAAUUCUGUAUUACUACCAUGAUGUAUCGCUUUGUUAACGUUUUCCGGGCUCAAGUAAGCUCACGGCUUGGCGCUCUAUACUUAGCGACACGCGCCAAACGUCUUGCGUCUCAUCCGCGAACAUGCCAUAAUACACUUCUUGUGUGGCCUUACCGGAGUCAAACCAUAAUGCGGAGCCAUCCCAUUUUCCUAGCACACGUUGCAUGCGUUGCGUCUUCGGCAAUACCUUGGCAUCAACAAUGUUGGCAACAAAGUCCACUCUACAUCCUCUCUCUCCAAACCUCACUUGAUGGAUCACAAGACUUUGCAUCCUGCUCCCCGUCUUCUCACAUAUCAGAUAUACAAGACGAGCAACAAGAGUCACCCUACGCACCAUGGUCCCACCAACCACUCUGCACACCCCAUCUCCCCGGCCUCAACGACACACUCUGCAUCUACACAGACUCUGCCUUCAGCCAAGGCCGUGGAAUCUCAAUCGUCACAACACCAUCGCUAGCCCAACAAUUCGCCGCGCUCCCUGCUUUCCUUAAACCCUCAGCCCUCGCCUCGUCGGACAUCAACACCCCAACCAACAUCUACACCGCAACGUCUAUCCCAGGAAAAGGCAUCGGCAUGCUCGCUACCCGCCCCCUCAACUUUGGCGACACUGUGACAAGCUACACACCAGCUUUCAUUGCGUAUCUAGAAUCCGAGCUUUCUACUUUGGAUAGGGAACAGCUUUGGCGUAUUGCGAUUGAGCAGUUGCCGGAGGGGCUAAGAGAAGGGUUUUUGGGGCUGGCGACGGUGUAUGGGGAUGAGAGGGUAAAGGUGCAAGAUGUGGUUAAGGCGAAUACGUUUCAGGUUUUGGUUAGGGGGAGGAAUCAUCUGGCGGUUUGGCCGGAGACGAGUCGGCUGAAUCAUGCGUGUGCGCCCAAUGCGCAAUACGUUAUCGACACCAGCCUCUUGACUCAUACGGUGCGCGUCACACGGCCAAUUGCUGCGGGUGAAGAGAUCACAAUCUCAUAUACCUCCCCCAUCGAACCAACACCAGAACGACAACAGCAUCUCCAAGCAGGCUUCCACUUCACAUGCACCUGCCCGCGCUGCACAUCCCCCUCUUCCGACGCCACGCUAUCUCACAUCCACUCCCUCCAAUCCCAACUCAAUGACUGGUCACCCACUUCAUCCGCCUCACCCGCUAUGGCGGAAGGAUUGCUAACGAUCUACCGAGGAGAAGGGCUAGAAGGCUUCAUGGAUGUGGCGUACGGGUUCGCGGCGUUGGCGCACAGUGCUGUUGGUGAUGCAGAAAAGGCAGUUGACUUUGCAAAGAAAGCACAGGAGGCGAUCUUGAUGAAGGAUGGCAUGUGGACGGAGAACUGGAAGAUUUGGGAGGAGUUGAUUGGGGAUGUUGAGGCGCACUGGAGCUGGAGACGGAGGCUGUAGGGGGCGCUGAACAGGGGAAUGAUGCUGCGGUAAUAAUCAGUAUAUGUUGCGAUUGUCCUGGUCGCGGCUCCGCUCUCGUAACGAUUGGUAUUCCAAGGCCUCCUCUUACUCCAUAAUGUGAAGAGUUACAAAGUGUAAGAUACUUUCCAAUCACAGUGUUCGCUCCUUCCGGCUGAAGUACCCCACUUUCCUACGAAUUUCUCGGCCGUCACGAGAGCGGCUUUUCAGGCUUGUAACGCUGGUCAAGCGCAAU